CGGGAGCAGAGGCGCGCGGCGGGAGGUGCUUCCCCCGACUCCUCGCUCCUCACGCGGGACGAGGCGGAGCGGUGCUGGUGGGCUGCCCCAGGGGACGUUAUUCUCUCUAUCCUGGGGAGGCUUGGAGCGCCGGCGGGGCCGGAGUCGGCUGCCCCAGUGUGGAGGAGGGAGGAGGCCGGCAGCACUCGGGCCUGUCAGUGGGGCCCUUGGGGGGCCUGGCCCGUGCCGGUGGCCUGUGCCGACGGCGCCGUGCGGCUGAGGCAGGCACCGAGAGCGCGGUGCUUCGGGGGUCUCCAGGGCGGGCUGGCGGCUGCACCAGCUAUGGUGGAGUUUCCGUGCUCCCUCUGGCCUGUGCUUUUGCAUACAGUGGGUUUUCCCUUCGCUUUUGAAAACAAGAGUAUAGAGACUCCUUUCAGUUCUUUUCUACACUCCUGAUCUUCUAGGUGCCAGUGAAAGCGUGGGAAAACAUAUGCUUGAAGCAUGCAACAACAAUCUGGAGAUGGCUGUCACUAUGUUUCUGGAUGGUGGAGGCAUAGCAGAGGAGCCUAGCACCAGUUCUGCAGGAGUGUCUGCUGUUCGACCGCAUACAGAGGAUGAAGUACGAGCUCCAAUUCCUCAAAAACAGGAAAUUUUAGUGGAGCCUGAGCCCUUGUUUGGAGCUCCUAAAAGACGUAGACCUGCCCGUUCAAUAUUUGAUGGCUUUCGAGAUUUCCAAACAGAAACCAUUCGACAGGAACAGGAGCUACGAAAUGGAGGGGCCGUUGAUAAGAAACUCACUACUCUGGCAGACCUCUUCAGGCCUCCCAUUGAUCUGAUGCACAAAGGCAGCUUUGAAACGGCUAAGGAGUGUGGUCAGAUGCAGAACAAAUGGCUCAUGAUAAACAUUCAGAAUGUGCAAGAUUUUGCAUGUCAGUGCCUCAACCGUGAUGUGUGGAGCAAUGAGGCUGUGAAGAACAUAAUCCGGGAACAUUUCAUUUUUUGGCAGGUAUACCAUGACAGUGAGGAAGGACAGAGGUACAUACAGUUUUAUAAAUUGGCAGAUUUCCCUUAUGUCUCCAUCCUGGAUCCCAGGACAGGCCAGAAGCUAGUGGAGUGGCACCAAUUAGAUGUAACUUCUUUCUUGGACCAAGUGACUGGGUUCCUGAGUGAGCAUGGACAACUGGAUGGGCAUUCUACUAGCCCUCCCCAAAAAUGUUCUCGUUCUGAGAGUCUCAUUGAUGCCAGUGAGGACAGCCAGUUGGAAGCUGCUAUCAGAGCCUCAUUACAGGAAACACAUUUUGAUUCCUCACAGGCCAAGCAGGAAAGUCGGUCAGAUGAGGAGUCUGAAUCAGAGCUUUUUUCUGGAAGUGAAGAGUUUAUUUCUGUUUGUGGAUCUGAGGAGGAAGAAGAAUCAGAGAAUCCUGCCAAGUUGAGGAAGUCUCCACACAAGGACUUGGGGUAUAAAAAAGAAGAGAGUCGGAGGCCUCAGCCUGAGACCCCUGCAAGGACAGAGCCUGGUACAACAUCAAAUCACAGAGUACUGCCCUGCAUUGAUGCAGGGAUCGUGGAGGAGUCAACUGAAAAGCCUGAAAGUACAUUGCAGGGCCUGGAGGUGAAUGGACCAAAGGCACAGCUGAUGCUAAGGUAUCCAGAUGGAAAGAGGGAACAAAUUUCACUGCCCGAACAAGCUAAACUUCUGGCUCUUGUGAAGCAUGUCCAGUCAAAAGGAUACCCGAAUGAACGCUUUGAACUUCUUACCAACUUCCCUCGAAGGAAACUCUCCCACCUGGACUAUGAGAUCACAUUACAGGAGGCAGGCCUGUGUCCUCAAGAGACUGUCUUUGUGCAGGAAAGGAAUUAGCACUGUGGCCUGAGCUCUCCCAGCCUUCCUUCUCUCUCCUCUCUGCCUAGGACACCAACUCACUAAAUAUGAAGUUGAGGGUCGUAGGAUUGCAGUGCUGAAAACAGGCAGGCAGCUGGCUGGCCCUUCUCUCUCUUCUUCCCUUCUCCUAAUCUAGUGACCAAAUGAGGAUGUUCAGAGUUUUGGGUUUUUUUUCCUCAGCUUGAGCCCUGGGGAGAGCAUUGGGAAGAACAUUUCUCUUUGGGAAGAAUGUCUUUCCUUUGCUUUUAUGGAAUAAAAUAAAAGGGUAAUCUGUGCAUCCAGAAUGCUGGGGCUUGGAGUGGCCAUAACGUACAUACCCUUCUCGCUGCUAUUCUUAAAGCUGUUUUGAUUAAUUUAUUUUUUUAAAAUGCUGUGUGAUAAGGCGCUGAGUCAUCUCUCUAAGGGGAGAAUGUAAUUUUUAGUAGAGUCCUACCUUCAUUUUUGUUCUCUACAUGAAAGGUCUCCAUUAACCUUACGGCCUUCUUACAGGAUCACUUAUCUAGCACUCUGCAGAAAAUUUAUUUUUGGGAAGGAGUUACGGUGAGCUGUAUUAAGAUGCUCUGCUCCCAUCUAAUUUAAAUGCUUCUAUAUUGCCUGCAUAUUUUAUGCUGCUAGUGAACUUCUUAAAAAAAAAAAAAAAAAAAAAAAAAAAAAAAAGAAGAACAGGUAUACUCAGUAUGGAAUUGAAUGCUUGGCCCAGAGGGAAAGCUGCUUGUCUGCUAUUUUAGCAGAAUUGACUCCUUUAUAAGAGUAGAUGGCAUUUCAAUUUGUUCUCUCCCCCACAUCUCCUAAAUGACGACUCCUGUUUACUUUCAGGGUUUUACGAUGGAGUGUCACAGGAUGUUGUGAAGAUCUUAAAAUCUCUGGAAAACGCCUAUCAUAAAGUUGACAGCUGGCUUUUCUAUUUGUGUUUUUUCCCAGAGGUGACUAGCCUUGCAGGGGUUUUAGAACACUGAACAUUUAGACCAUUAGUACAUUUGGACUGGAUAGCAAAUUCUAAGCAGGAUUCUCUUUAUUAAUUAAAAACAUCUACAAAGCCUUGUCGGACUGUAGAAUUAGUUAAUGCAUUAUGAAAGAUUUUGUAGCAGCAGUUAAUUUCCCUAUUUGAUUCAGAUUUUCUUUUUACCUAUGAAAGCUGGCAUCAGAAGUUGUGCAGGCAUAUCCUGUGUGUACAUUGGACAAUGCUGACUGCCUUAUUUUCCCAGGGUAUUUUAUCUUGAUAUAGAGCUUUUGGUCAGUGUGUGUUACAGCAGAUAUUAGAGUGGGAUAAAAGUUCAGUAACACAGCCAUCCUCAAGACUAAUGUUGAGGCAGUGUAUAUUUACAGUUGAGAACUCAGUCUAGCAUGCUCUUCACCAGUGAAGAAAAAGCUGUAUAAAACCUGCCAUGAGUGUAAAUUUUUUCUGGACAAACAGGGAGAAGAUAGGAGUUAACAACAAGAAAUAUUAGUCUCUCUCUGCUAGUGAGCUCCAUGCAACAUGUCAGGGAGCGCUGCCUUCAUGACAUGACACUGUCAGAUAAUUAUAUUUGUUAAAGAAAAAGACUUAAUUAUCAGAAACUUAGUAUAGGAUAAAACUUUUCCAGUUAUUUUUCCUUAAAUUUCAUACUUGACUACAUGUUUUGGAGUCUUUAAAUGUAGGAAAUCAUGGAGUAUGCAGGACAGUUUCUAUGACAGUAUUAGCUCACAGCUGUCCUUUACCCUGUAAUUGAGGUUUUGCAUAGAACCAUGAAAUUAUAUAAAUUAAUUUCCCUUUAUGUGAAAACUGUUUUGCAUUCCACUGCAAGAUAUGGGGUCACAGAAGCAAAAUAUGAUAGCAGAUUCGUAAUCAGUGAGUGUUGUGAAAUCAAAUGUCGUUUUUGGACUGUAAAGAGAUCCUUCAACAGAGGACACUUCCUAGCACUAGAAAGAAGGUGAAUUGCAAGGCCAGUGGAGGAAAGGGAAUGAUGGUCAUUGUCCUGUGAACUGGCAGUUGCACCUCUAGGCUGAAGGAUCCUUUCCGUUUCUGGAAAUGCCCAAAUUCUAACUAGGACAUAUGAGAGCAGGACAGAAGGAAGCCCUUCUGUGUAGGUCUGAUGCCUCCCUAGAUAGCUUCAGCUAUUUAAUUGAGGUGACUUCUGGUGUUUAUUGCCUUGAAACUCUACCUCUUCCUCCCUGGCUUCACAAGAAAAUUAUGAUGGGCUAUCAAUAGGAUGCAGUAUCCGACACACAAGAAAUUGUCUAUCAGGCUAGAUAGGAUGGGAGCAUGUUGGCCUUUCCUGUUUUCCCCCACCCUGUUCCUCUCUGUAUAAGGCAGGGAGGAAGCCUUUGCAGUUCAGCUGGUAUCUCUUUUGAGUUGUUGCUAGUUGACUGUGUUUACUGAUGGAAGGCCAACUAACUUUGGACAGAUGCAGGUUUGUAUCGACUUUUGGAAUGUUUUUUCACAUUAACAUUGGUAGCAGUGAAAAAUUCUCUGGCCAUUCAGUCCCAUUCCUAUGUCUGUUUUAUUGGUAGCUUCUCUUUACCCUCUUUCUUUCCCCAGUUGUACUAGUGUGUAUGUGGAGCUAGGCUGUUAGUUGGUGAAGUAAUCAGAUGUAAAAUAACCAACAGCUGUGUCAGUAGUGGGAAAGAGGGGAGACUGUGCUGCAGAUGAGCAUGAACUUCUUGCAUCAGUUCUGCUAGUGGAGAUACUGUACAGUAUUUAGAGCGUGAUCCCAUAUUGGGAAACCUCCUUUUCUAAACAGUUGAAAAAACUGCCAAAACUUUUUUUUUUUUUUUUUUUUUUUUUUUUUUGCUGUUCUUUUCUUUCUUCCUCAGCUGCGAGAAAAGAUUAAGAUUAAACUGGUCAUCUUGUGAUCAAAUGCAAAAUUGAGAGCCUUGGGGUAGCUUUUCAUUGCUUUGGUUAUACAAGAAUAGCUCAGUCAUGUCUUACACAAGGAAGUAAAAGCUGUACAUUGAAGCGUUAAUCCAUCAAAAUAUUCUUCUCUGGCAUGGCAAAUGCUUUUGGCUGCUAGUAUAGUGGAACUAGGAGUACUUAUACUCUCAUCUUUUAGGAAAAUGAAAACAGUCUUUUCAAAUUUGAGGUUUUAUUUAGAGAAUAUUAAUCUUUUUACAACCUAAGAGGGAAAUAAGAAUGUGAAAUGGAAGCACUACACUGAAAAUAGCAUAUUUUUUCUGUUUUCUGGAUAAAACCCAAAUGAAUUCUUGGUAGUUCCUGGUACUUAUUUUUCUUUCCCAAGAAAUGCUGAGCCUGGAUUUCUGUUUUUUCUUUCUUUUUCUGUUUUCUUUUGCUUUGGUUUGCAAUCAGGAGGCAGAGAACAAUUUUUUAAAAGGGGGAAGUGCCCCUGCAUGUGACUGUUUUUCUCUCCCCUCUUCCUUCAUCCCCAGUAAAAACAGUGCUACAGCACACACAUCAGCCAGCUGUGUUGUGGAGACUGAAAACUAUUAAGAAAAAAGACCAACCUCUUCAGAUUUUCGCUCAUAUUGAAGCCUUUUCAGCAUGUUGUGCAGGCCUGAGGGGUGUGGCUGAGAACAUUAACCCAAGUCAUGCGUGCAGCUGUUUGUAAGUGUUAAAAGAUAAAAGCUAGUUUGGCUCUAUUUAAAAAGAGCCUUUGUCACAGUUACUUCUAAUUAUUAAAUAUGAAGUACAAACUACUUGGAAAAUAUUGGAAAAAUGCCUUAAGUCUCUAAUUGCAAAAGAAGAAGAUUUGAAGGACAAAGCAAGUAAUUCCUCAAAGGCUGUGUUUUGUAGCUUCUUAUAGAUAUAUUUUGGCUUUAAUUUGCGUGCUGUUUUGCAAGAACUGCCAUGAAGUCAGUGGAGCAGAGAUUCAUAUAAACAGUAUAAGUCACUAUCUUUGUGGGUAUGGAACUAAAUAGAACUAAUAUGCUUCUUACUAUUUACAGAGGAAAUUUUCCUUGCACAUGCCCUUCAUCUAACUUGUUUUUACUCUGGUAGCAUGUAAUCUACCUGUGGCUAGUAGCUAAUAGUCACAGUUACAACCAGCAUUCAGAAACAGAAUGGAAAAUGAACAUCAGCUUUUUCUGCUAGGUGCUGCUGGCACAUGUAUUGCUGGAUUCCCACUCAUGGUCCUUCAGAGACCCAAAGAAGGCAGACUGAGGUUGAGUCAAAAAUUUCUGAGUGUACUUGCAUUACUUUAAGUAACUUUGAAUUAAGGCCUGGGAUUUUACACUUCUGACCUUUAUGUACUGAAGUAUGUUGCCUUUCUUGAUAAACCAGAUAAGGUGACAGUUUAAAUGUUAAAAGGGUGUGCGUAUGUUUGUUUUUAAUGACCUUGUAAAUUCUAGUUUUCUCUAAAGAAGUUGUCCAAAGACAAAUUUUUUUCUUAAGUGGAUUUAAACAGCAAUUAAAGUUAUGAAUCAGCGAAUUUCUGGAAGUCACUAGGUCUGCUACUUUAUUACAAAACACACCUGUUGUGUAAAGGAAGUCCGUGUUAACUGCUGCAAAUAGCCUGCAUUUUCUGUGUUCAGUCAGUUUCAUAGACAAAGUUUUUAAAGAGUACCAGAUUAAAUAGCUGUCAGAUUACACACUAAGUCAUACCAAUUUACGCUGAUGCUGUGGUUUGUAUGCUUGUUUACAAUCAGAAAGAGACAGCUGGGUUUUAUAGUACAUGUUUUAAUAAACAAACCUCAUUGCUGAAGGACCUGGCUUCUCUAAUACGCAUUUAAAGAAACUUCCACAUAAUUUUAUGCAUACUGUUUGAUAACACCUUCUGGCUAUUGGAAAAAAAAUUGUUAUGCAAUCUUUGAGAUCUUCAUAACUUCAAUUGAAAAAGUUAAUUCUACAUAUGAUGGCUUAUGCAGUAGCUCUUUGAAGAGCAAGCCUUGUCUUUGGGCAGUGGUUCUUUGAACCCAGCUGCUUGAUGCUGCCCUAUUACAGAGGGCAUGAUGCAUUGUUCCCAGUCUGUUUGGGCAGCUAAUUAUGGCCAGUUCUGAGUCUCCUUGCUAGUUAGGCCUCUGAUUCCUUGCUUUUUUGAUGUUGUUUUUAGGGCUAGAGCAGUGAGUUCAAAAGAACUUGAGAGCAGUAAGGGUUAAACUAAAAUCCCAUUUUCUUUGAGGAGCAGGGAGGGACCAGGGAAGCAUCACUUGGCCUGAAUUUCAUUGGCUUCCAAAAAUUGCAAAGAUGCAUAAAAUGUGGUGUUCUUUCUAAAAGCUCACAAAGAAAGGGAGAAGCUAGAACCUUGUGUAGGAAUGCUUUCAGGAAUGGCAAGAUACAUGUCGUUUCAGGAACUUUAAGGUUGCUACUAUAUUUUACCUCUUCAUCUUAAAUCAGCUUUUGAGUUUUUUUUAAUUAAUUUUUUAGAAAACUUCCACUACUUUCUUCUUGUUUAAUAUCUUUUCUAUCAAGUUAGUUGUAUCAAAAAGGUAGCACCCUAUGCCAAGAUAGGGAGAGACUGCAGGGAUGUUGGUAGGUGAAGUGCAGAGUCUCAUGAAGAUUGGGUGUACCUUGUCUGGCAGUAUUGACAAAUUUGAUGCAUCCUCCUUCCCCCCCUCCCCCAAAUGAUUUCCUCAUCCUCAUUUUCAAGUGGAAAAACUGCUGCUUUAAAGGCAAAACAGAAUUGAAUACGAGGGCAUGUUUUGACCCCUAUAUCAGCCACUUAUGUUGUUGGAAAUUCCCUUAGUCAUUGUUUUGGGCUAACCUAAAAUUUUUUUUGAUCUCUGGCUGUUGAGGUCUGUGCAUGCUGUGGCUUAUUUUUUCUGUAAGGAUCAUCUUGUACAGUUUUUCUCUGAGUGCAAGAUCUUACUGUAGUUUGAUUAUAGUCUGUCUGCUCCUGAACUGUGAGGUUAAUGGAUACAUGUUCUGUGAUGUUGGACAAGGUGACUUUUAUUCCAGUCUCUUCUUGGCUGUGAGAUGCUUAGUGUCUGUCCACCGCUGAUAAAUAUAGCCAUAUAUAUAUACACAUAUAUUUUUAAUCUGAGAAUGUGGCACUUAACAUCAGUGCCUGAAGUUGCCUCAGUAAAACUUUUUACAUCACAGUAUUGCUGGUAAUUGCGGAAGUUCUGGAUUUGGUCACUGUCAUUAAUGACUUUUGAGUGUCUGCAGUACAGAGAAGAGCAAUUCUGUAAUUGUUUAAUGGUGCUGAGACUUUAAGAUAUAGAAGGAUAGAUAGUACAGGUACAUGGAGGAAGGGGGUCAGGUGCUAUUUUAUAGAACAGCUUUAUGUGAAGAAAAUCUGGGUAAACUCAGCUCAGAAGCGUGGUGCCUAAUCAGAGACACCAGACUAUAGAAUAGAUAAUUUUUUAAAAAGAGUGUUUCCUCUGUUUGGUGAACUUACAGUUUCAGAAUUAUGACUUUGCCUAUCAAUUUUUACAAUAGUGACUUUUUCCUUCAAUGAUGCAACUUAGUGUGGGAGGAGGGAGAGAAUUAACUUGGAAGAUUUCAACUCACUGUGCUGGGAGGGACCAAACUCAAGGAAACCUCUGAUCUAUAUACACAACUGCUGCAUUUUUUAUAAAUAUAUGUAAAUGUCCUAUUGUAAUAUUUGAUCCUGGAAAUAAAACAAACUGUUUUCAGUA